CCACCCCGCUGGUCUGCUGGUGAACGCGGAACUGCUGUUUCUGCUGCGCUCCAUCUCUGCAGACAGAAGAGGAGUAGGCAGACUCAAAACACCGAAGACAUCAACAUUUCGGUCUAAGGGGCGUUUUUUUAGACAUUAAUAAUGUUCCGCUUGCGGGCAUUGUCCGCAGUUUCAGUGGGGCUUGUGCAGCUGACCCGGCGCUACCACAGCGGGGCAGUGCGAGGGUCUGGCCGAAGGAGGAUGAUGCUGGCAGCACUGGCAGGUGUAACUGGUGUGUCUGCUAGUGCUGGGCUGCUCUGGAAAAGAGCCUACGCAGAAGCAGGACCAUCUGUACAGCGGGCAGAGCACCCAGAAGCAGAGGGAGACAGUUUCGUGAAAGAAACAGAUUCUGAAUCAGAGUCAGAGAAGUCCAUGGAGGCCAGCAGUGGAGACGAAGACUCGAAAGACGAAGAAGGGGAAGGGAAGAAGAAGAAGCCUCGCUCCGGAUUCCGUGACCGCAAGGUGAUGGAAUAUGAGAACAGGAUUAGAGCCUACUCGACCCCAGACAAGAUUUUCCGCUACUUUGCCACGCUGAAGGUCAUUGGUGAGCAUGGCGAUGCUGAAGUUUAUAUGACGCCCCAGGACUUCAUACGCUCCAUCACACCCAACGAGAAGCAGCCUGAGAAUCUGGGGCUCGAUCAGUUCAUCGUGAAGCGCUAUGAUGGGAAGGACUUCUGGCAGACGGAGAAAAUCGCCCAGGAACGGGAGAAGUUUGCAGAUGAGGACAGCAUUUUUUACACUCUGGGAGAAUGUGGCCUUAUCUCCUUCUCUGACUACAUCUUCCUCACCACUGUGCUGUCCACUCCCCAGAGGAACUUUGAGAUCGCCUUCAAGAUGUUUGAUUUGAAUGGAGAUGGAGAGGUGGACCUGGAGGAGUUUGAGCAGGUCCAGAGCAUCAUUCGUUCUCAGACCAGCAUGGGGAUGAGACACCGGGACCGCUCCACCACAGGAAACACUCUGAAGACAGCCGGCUGCAGCUCUGCUCUCACCACAUACUUCUUUGGAGAGGACCUGAAGGGAAAACUCACCAUUGGGAGCUUCCUGGAGUUUCAGAGGAAGCUGCAGCAUGAUGUGCUCAAACUAGAGUUCGAGAGAAACGAUCCUAUGAAUGGCAGAAUCACGGAGAGACAGUUUGGUGGUAUGCUGCUGGCCUACAGUGGCGUCCAGUCCCGUAAACUCAAGCAGAUGCAGAAGGGCCUGAAGAAGAUGUUUAAGGAUGCACAGGGGAUCACGUUUGAGGAGGUGGAGAAUUUCUUUACUUUCCUGAAGAACGUGAACGACGUGGACACAGCACUGAGUUUCUACCACAUGGCUGGAGCCUCCAUAGACAAAGUUACCAUGAAGCAGGUGGCACGUACUGUUGCCAAAGUGGAGCUGUCAGAUCAUGUGUGUGAUGUCGUGUUUGCUCUGUUUGACUGUGAUGGGAACGGAGAGCUCAGUAAUAAGGAGUUCAUCGCCAUCAUGAAGCAGCGGCUUAUGCGUGGGCUGGAAAAACCCAAGGACAUGGGCUUCACUCGACUGGUCCGCGCCAUGUGGAAGUGCGCGCAGGACACUGCCUGGGACUUUGCCGCGCCAAAGACACAAUAGAGACGGGGUCUGAAAAUGUCUGGACACUCGUAUCAUCGCGGGUCAACAGGUCUCUAGGGUUUGAAAGACUUUGAACUGAUCAGGACUGCAGCACCGGGGGAAUCAUCCAUCAUUAACGCAUGUCGCUGUAGUUUAAACUAUCAAUAUAGUGAUUGAAGCAUGCUGACGCAGCACGCUGUGACCUGAAAGGCUUCUCUCUCUGACCUAUGUGAAGCAUCAUGGGUAAUGUAUAUUAUAAAAUAAAGUCUACUAGUUUAUUCUGUGGAGGAAUGCA